AAAAAAAAAACAGAUUCCCCUCCAUUCGCCAACAAAACACGAAACUAUGUUGACUGUCAUUUUUGUGAUAUAUUGGUCACAGUUGUUUUUAAGUGAACAUAGCUCAUAUUUCAAGAUGUUUUAUUGACUUAGAUUCCACAUCCCUAGCAGCAGAUGGAACCCUCCUACCCCCCCCUCCAUGGCCCCUUGUGGCUCCAAAAAUAGCUCGUUGACUAAAGUUAGCAGCGCUACAGCGCUAAGAAUGCACGCCACUUUUGCUUGACGUGACUUUGCGGAAUUUUGUUAUUAAAAACAACCAACAAGGUUCUUUUAUUUUUCCAUUUUGAUUUACAAGCUCUGAUAUGUGACCCUGCCACGAGACCCUUGGCUCAGCUGGUUUUAUCUUCAUAGCGUUGGAAUCACAUUGUCCUCGUUAGCGUGCCUUUCACCACUUUUUUGGACAAAGUGUCAGAUGGAAAGAGCGGGAAGAAUUUAUCCUCCCUCGUCUUGAUCUCACUUGACGGUAAUGCCGUCUGAAUAUUGAUGGUUUUGUUUCUGGCGUUUCAAAAUAGUUGGAAAAGAUCAAUUCAUGCCAUCGCUUCUCAUUUCGACUCUUCCUCACCACAGUUGUGCUUACGCAAUGACAACGCCAGUUUGCACCUGCCUAUCGGGAGCCAUAUUUAAAGAUGGCAAAAUUUGUUUCAAAUUAGUCAGUUUACAGUCUUUAGCUGAGUGCCAGAGGGAACCCACAUCGAGAACAAACUGAUGGCCUGAACUUGUUUUGUGCUGUGGAAAACAUCCAGACUGGUCUUCCUCCUUAAAAGUAUCUCCGGGGCAAUUGAUGGUCACCGUAGUUUCUCCUGGAUGAUGGACGGGUUCUUCCAAUCCUCCUUUGUUCAGCUAUUAUUGGAGAGGAUAAACAAUGCAGGCCAAAGUCUUGAUGGAACGAUUCGAUGAGCUGGCGAGAGUACAGUUUCGAUCCAUGGGGGUUGGAAGACGCUCCCCCCUCCCUCGGCCCCCUGCCGUCUCACACUUGUGUUUCAUAUUUGCGGCUUGCCUCACAUUCUUUUGUCUUCACGGGGGAGGAAAGAGCAGGACGAGACGUUUGCUGUCACGUAAAAUACAUUCCGCGUGAAGAAAGCAACGCCACGAAGACAAACAUGUCCAUUGCUUAUUUAUCUGUCAAGGCGCAUCUUUGACUUGGUGUCCUACUUUGCAUUUAUCCGCUUGACUGUGUGGAUGACUGAGAGCAGCCAUUAUGAAUUUAAAUUUGCUAAACAAGAAUUUGGACAUUUGAGCUUAAAAAGUGAACCAAUAAAUGAAAAAUUGUCAAAUUAAAUGAGAAAACGAUAUACAAUAAAAUAGGAAUGGUGAGGUACCGGGUAUCAAUAUUGGUACCGAUACCAGCCUUAUUUCAUUUAUAGUGUCUUGUGGUCAUUUUACAAUCAGGAAACUGAAAUUAAUUUCAUGAAAUUUAAAAAAAAAAAUUAUAUUGGAAUGUGUAGAUCUUUAUUUAGAAUUAUCUGUCAUAAUUUUUGGGGGAGGAAAAUUUUAGGUCUUAAAUUUAGAUUUCCAAUACUUUAUGUAUAUUUUUACGACCUGAUUUUUAUUUGGGAAGAUGAGCAUGAUUAUUCACAAGAUUCCUUAAUGUACCGUAUUUUUCAGACCAUAAAGGGCACUCAAAAUCCUUAAUGUGUUUUCUGUUUUGAUGUUGUGUACCGCUGACUUAUCACUGUGCUGACUUAUAUUUUUGUCGACAUUUUUUUCCCUCAACAUCUGUUUGAGAUCCUGCGAGGUGUUUUGAAUCAUCCUCGUAGACGGUGAAGAUACAGUGAUCAUCUUUUUGCCUCUUCUUCACCAGAUGCUUGCCUUCAACACGGCACCCCAGAGGUGUUGUCACAUAACUUAUGUACAGUGAUGAGGAUUCCUCAUGACCCCGUGGCUCUGGAGGAACAUUUCAAAGAUGAUGACGAGGGCCCCGUCUCCAACCAGGGUUACAUGCCUUACCUCAACAAAUUCAUCCUGGACAAGGUGACGGACAACUUUGACCGGCAGGACUUCGACAGGAUGUGCUGGACUUUGUGCUCCAGGAAAAACCUGGACCAGAGUCAGCUCCUCAUCUCCAAUGAAGAUGCCUUCAAAAUCUGGUGCAUUUUCAACUUCCUGUCAGAGGACAGCUACCCGCCGGUCAUCGUCACGGAGGAGAUGGAGUACUUUCUGCGCAAGCUGACUGAGGCGAUGGGGGGCAGCUGGGUGGAGGAGCGCUUUGAGGACUAUAAGCUCCAAAUGCUCUCGCAGCAGCAGCAGCAGCAGCAGAGCAUCAGCGUGUGGCAGCUCAUCACUCUGGUAGGCUCGGGACACUUCAGCAAGGGCAUAGACAGACAGUCCCUCUCCAUGGGCAUCCAGGAGCUCUAUCAAGAACUCAUCAUGGACGUGCUGAAGCAGGGUUACAUGAUGAAGAAAGGCCACAAAAGGAAGAACUGGACGGAGCGCUGGUUCACGCUAAAGCCCUACUCCAUCUCCUACUACGUGAGUGAAGACCUGACUGAGAAGAAGGGGGACAUCUUGUUGGAUGAACAUUGCAGCGUGGAGGCUUUGGCGGACAAAGAGGGCAAGAAGUGUCUCUUCUUCAUCAGAUCCUCACAGAAAAGUUUUGAAAUCAGCGCGUCAGACAAAAAGAAGAAGCAGGAGUGGAUUCAGGCCAUCCAGACGUGCGUGAACCUGCUCCGAGCUGGCCGUCAGGCGCCGCACCGCGAGUCGCGCCACAAACGUCGCGAGCUGCGCCUCAAGCAGCAGGCCGACCAGGAGGAGCUGCGGACCAAGAUGAAGGAGUUGCAGACGGCCAACGAGGCCAAACAGCAUGAGCUGGAGGACAUGAGGAAGGCUCUGGAGGAAGCGGCAGCCAAAGCGGCAGAGGAAGAGCAACGACGGCUUCAGACUCAGGUUGACCUCCAGGACCGCUACAGGGUUGACCUGGAGAGAGAGAAGAUGGUGAGGCAACAGAUGGAGGAGCAGGUGGCCCAAAAGUCCACGGAGCUGGAGCAGUACCUGCAGAAGGUCCGCGAGAUGGAGGACAUGUACCGGCGGUUGGAGGACGCUUUGGAGGACGAGCGGCGCGCCCGCCAGGAUGAGGAAACCGUCCGCAAGCUGCAGGCCAGGUUGCUGGAGGAGGAGGCGACCAAGCGGGCGGAGCUGGAGGAGAUCCACCUGAAGCAGCAGCAAGCCAUCUCGGAGACGGAGGCUGAGAAGCAGGAGCUGCAUAAGGAGCGGCUGGCCAAGGACAACGCCCUGAGGGAUGCCAUGAUGCAGCUGCAGCAGCUGGAGCAGGACAGGCAGGGGGCGCUAGAGCAGUACCAGACAGUGAUGAAGAAGCUGGAGGAUGCCACCAACAACACAAAGACGUGGAAACACAAAGUAGCCGAACACGAGGGCUUCAUUCGCCUCAUUCAGCCUGGGUCCAAAGGUCAUCAGAUGAUCACAAACUGGGGCCCGGCCGCCUUCUCAGACGCCGAGCUGAGCCUGAGGGAGAAAAAAUGGCAAGAAAUGAAGAACCAGGUGACACAGGCGCAGUAGACGCCGACAACAACAACAGUGCUGCGUUAGCUCACGGCAGGAAUACAAAAAUAUUGUGGGAUGUUUUCACAUGUGCUUCUCACCUCCUAAAUGAUAGACAACCAAAAUUUUGGAAAUGUCAGAUUAAUAAACAUUCAAUUAAUUGCGUCUGUACCUAAUCUAGUGUUCAUCUGCAUAUUUUUGUGACUCCUAAUUCAGAGUAAUAUGUAAAUAUGUUAUUUUUGACUCGUAAUGCUUUCAGCAUACAUGCUAAUAAUAAACUAGUGAACAUUUUAAGAGUGCUGAACAAGUGUUUGUGGUUUUUACAUGAAAAUAAGAAAUGUGGAAUAAAAAUUGUUAAACUCA